ACAUUGCAGUAGCAGCGGUAGAGUCUGACACGAGAGCGCGUCGUGGGGACGGAACGCAGGCACUUCGGGUAUAAAUCUGAGGAGCAAGUGAUGGAAACGCUCGAGAAGCUGCUGUGCACUCUGCUCCUGUCACACUAUAUUUGGAACAUCCUCUUCGUCGCGUGGCUCUUCAACACAGGGACACCGACUGAGCACUCAAACUAUGGAUUGCUUUUUUGAAGUUUGGACCUCAUGAUCCUGUGCGCAUUUAGAGCAGAGAGGUCGGUAUGGACUGUUGUGCAAAAGGCACGCGUAUUGCUAAGGGAACUAAUGUGGAAAACAGAGUUUCUUCAUUAAACUGCAAGAGUUCUUUAGAAAAGAACAUUAAGGUUGCUGCCUGAGCAAUCACGCACAAUGUUAUAGUUAUUAUGGGACAACCCUGUAGUUAGGUUAGCGGGCGUCUUUGCUUGGUUAGACUGUAAAAGUGGGCUGAGCAAAUUUAUGCGCGCUGAGCAAUUGUCUGUCUCCUACACUCCGCUGCUGCAGGAUCUACGGCGUUUGUAAAAGCUACUUAAAGACUGAAGUUUUUAAAGCUGGUGUUAGUAAACUGUGUGCACCAUGGCGUUACCAGAUAGUGGCAUAUCUGGAGAGGAAGUACCCUUUCCAGAGAUCAUAGAACUCAAUGUUGGUGGUCAAGUGUACAUAACCCGCUACUCUACCCUCACUAGCGUGCCGGACUCUCUGCUCUGGGAGAUGUUCACUCAGAAAUCCUCCAAAGGACUGGCCCGGGACACUAAGGGACGCUUCUUUGUUGACCGAGAUGGUUUUCUGUUUCGGUACAUCCUGGACUACAUGAGGGACCAGCAGCUCGUUCUACCCGAUCACUUCCCAGAGCGUGGGCGCCUGCAAAGAGAGGCUGAGUUCUUUAACCUCCCUGAGUUAGUCAAGCUCCUGGCUCCUAAAAUCAGUAAGCAGAACUCACUUGGGGAUGAAGGCUGUCAGAGUGACCCGGAGGAUGCCUCCCCAGGCAUAGACACGGCUCGUACCUUAAGCUCUCUGGGUGCAGCUGCUGCCUGCUCCAGCCUUGUGCCCAGUGCCAUGGAUGGCAAACGCUCAGGCUUCAUCACCAUUGGCUACAGAGGCUCGUACACAUUGGGUCGGGACAGCCACACAGAUGCCAAGUUCCGACGCGUGGCUCGAAUCAUGGUGUGUGGAAAAACCUCUUUGGCCAAAGAGGUUUUCGGAGAGACGCUGAAUGAGAGUCGGGACCCUGACCGCCCCCCUGAGCGCUACACAUCUCGCUACUAUCUGAAGUUCACCUUUCUGGAGCAGGCCUUUGACAAGCUAGCAGAUGCAGGCUUCCACAUGGUGGCCUGUAACUCCACUGGGACCUGCGCCUUUGCCCACGAGCAGACCGAUGACAAGAUCUGGACCAGCUACACUGAAUAUGUGUUCUACCGUGAGUGAGAUACUGACUUUGUUUUCCCUGGCCCCCCAGCAAACCCUAUACAUCUCCAAGUGCCCCUCUGCCUCCAGAUGUCCUCUCCAUUCACUCAGAAGGCUCUGCUCCAGUAGAUGUCUCGUAGGUGUGUACUACAGCUCCCUGUGAACAGAAAUUCAUCUGUCCUUGAAGCUCAUUCUUUACCCUUUUCCCCAAUCCACCUGCCUCCUCUGGUCCAGAGUUUUGCCCUGCUUCAUCACAACUAGUUAUAGUCCCCAGUCUUUAUCCACAGCAAAGACUGACACCUCCUAUGUACGCUCCUGUUUUACGCAUUUGCCUGAAGCACAAUACAGAAUCCAAGAGCUCAUUUUAAUAGAGGAGUCCGUUGUGUUGGCAAUUUCAACACAUAUAGGGGCAUAUAUAUGAAAGGGCUUCUAAUUGCAGUCCCCGUGUUACACUAGUGCUAUUGUAUACAUCGCCUCUUUCUCGAGCAGACUGUCUUUAUCCUCCUGCUCCUCUGGACUAAAUUACCAAAUAAUGGGACAUCUUAUCUGCCAUGGCCAUGAACAGCACUGCAAAAGAAAGAAGUGUACUACAAAAAUCAAACUUAGCUUUUCCCUCCUUUUUAUUAUAAGUGUUCAUGUGGCUAUUGAUGUGCCAUAGUCUGUCUGUUCAGCCAGGCCUUUGAAUGGAUAAUUGUUUUUAUGAUAUAGCCACAUAAUACAGAAAAGUGCUUUGAAGUUAGACUAGCAGUGUAUGAUGAUCCCAAAAAGAGAGGAUUUCAUAGAACAUUAUAACAGUAAUUGUGUGUGGACAUGAAAAGGCUGCAAGAGUGUGUGUAUUGAAUUUCAGUAUUUUAAUUACUUGAGUUGGAUGGGUGAUUUGUUGAAAAAUAUUCUGUCAAGUUUUCAUUUCUUCAGUGAUUAUUUGUUGUCUCCCAAAGUAAUGUGUCAUCAUAGCAGACCAUGGUGUAAAAAUAUGUAUAAGAGUCGCUUUAUAUGAAUCAAUAGCCUGUAGCCAGCCAAAACCCAGUGUUUUUGUCACCACUGUAGCAAGGAUAGUAGUUUCUGAUACGCAUUCAGUGAACAAGGGUAAUUUUUGCCUCAGGACUGGUCUGCACACCAUAUACCUCAGACUGAUGGCACUUACAAUAAAUGAACUCAAAACAGAUUCUGCACAAACUUCAUGUGAUAGCAAAGGUCUUGUUUGUUAUGAGGUGUAGAUUUUCAUUUUCUACAAGUAUCAGGCUUGGCAGUCCCAUCUGACAGUUCAUAAUAAAUGUAUUCAGAAACGUCUCUGAAAUCCGCAGUGUUGUGAUUUGGUGUGAUGAAGUGCUGUUGAUAUCUGACUCAAUAUGUUAGACCACUCUCUGCAGGCAUAGACACUCAAAUUAAAGUGUUGGGCAAAAUAAUACAUGAUUUGUCAAAUAAAAUAUGUUUUCUUUCUACUUGUUUUGCUUCGUGUAACAAAGCUGUUGGUGUGAAACUGUGUGAUAGAUGCUUUUGAAAAUCACAAAUACAAUACAAAGAGUAA